AGUGACCGAGAUUAGCGAGUGAUGCGAUCUGAGAUUUCAUGACAUCUAAGCAGUUGCCGUGUGCAGGAAACGCCGCUGCACAACAGGCCUGUAACACAGGCGAAUGUGUCUGAAACAAAAUGCCUUAAGUGUAGCUUCUUCUUGGAUUACCAGGACAGAUUUCGUGUGCGUUUGCAUUAAUCCGUUGGCCAAAAUGAUUCACUGUUGAAGCAUGACUGCUCUGAGGCAGAGGAAGGGCAGCCGGUCCAAAGAGGUGCCCAACGAGAAUCAGAAACUAGAGACAGCGCAGGACAUCAAAGACCAGACCCCAGCAGGUGGUGCAGUAUGGGCCGUCGUGUGGACAGUGACUGGAUCUAUCUUGGGGAUGAUCUUGGGUCUGUUGACUUCUGUCUAUGUGGCAACUUUACACGAAAAUGACCUGUGGUUUUCCAAUAUCAAGGAAGUUGAGCGUGAAAUUUCCUUCCGAACUGAAUGUGGGCUCUACUAUUCCUACUACAAGCAGAUGUUACAGGCUCCAUCUAUAAAGCAAGGGGUUUUUGAGCUGAUCAAUGACAACAAUACAGAAUCCAAAAGAACAAUUAACCUUCUGCAACGUAUGAACAUCUAUCAAGAACUGUUCCUUAGCAUUCUUUACAGAAUCCUGCCUGUUCAGGAGUAUCUAGAGCCUGUGUAUUUCUACAUUUACACUGUGUUUGGCCUUCAAACAGUGUAUGUCAUGGCUCUUUACAUCACCAGCUGGCUGCUCAGUGGAACGUGGUUAGCAGGAAUCCUCACUGCCACCUGGUAUAUUCUGAACAGAAUAGAUACCACCCGAGUAGAGUUUACCAUUCCUCUGAGGGAGAACUGGGCUCUCCCAUUUUUUGCCCUUCAGGUGGCUGCUAUCACAUAUUACUUAAGACCACAUCUGAAGCCACUGCAGCAGAAACUGGUACUUUCACUGAUCUUCAUAUCAACGUUAUGCUUUAGUUUAACCUGGCAGUUUAAUCAGUUCAUACUGCUCAUCCAGGCCUUUGUUUUCUUUUCACUGGACUGUUUGGACUUGGCUGUACCCAGACAGGUAACAGCUUUGUACCUUGUUCAUGCUGUAAACCUGUUCCUGGUAUGGCUACUGCAGUUUUGUAACUCAAUGCUUCUGGGAUCCCUGGUGCUAAGCUUCAUCUUUGCUGCACUGAUCGUCAGGCACUUUCAGAGGAACCUGAAAGUUGGCAGUUUCCCAGUAAGGAUUGGAAAGCUGUUUGUCCACUUGAUUCUUGUUUUCAGCUUAACGUUUAUUUUCAAUUAUUUUGCAAAGAAAGCUCUGAUGCUCAAAUCUGAUGAACACAUUUAUAAGUUCAUAAAAGCAAAGUUUGGACUUGGUUCAACCAGAGACUUCGAUGCCAAGUUGUAUCUGUGUGAGGAAGCUUUUGGGCUGAUGCCCUUGGAUACAUUUGAACGUUUGGCAGGCACCCUGGUGCUGUACCCUUAUAUAUGUGCCCUUACUGUCUUCGUGAUCAUACUGGCAUGUGUUGCUGUUGGGAAUCUAAGUGAUUCAAAUGGCAGACCUCCGCAGACCCAAGAAGAGGAGAAAAUGAUAAAUAUAAGACCAGACGUUGCCUACAAUGUCUUACACACUGUUUUCUUUGGGCUUCUUGCAUUCAGUACAAUGAGAAUGAAGUACCUAUGGACUGGCCACAUGUGUGCUUUCGCAGCAUAUGGGGUGUGUAGCAGAGAAGUGUGGGGGCUGUAUCUAAAAGUGAUCCGCUUCCACACAAAAACAAAGGAACAGCUGAUCCGAUACACGGUCCCUUUUUUGAUUCUUGCUUUCCUUUAUUACAAGUUCUGGCCCAAACUGAUGGAAGAAAUUUCAGAACUGAGAGAAUUUUAUGACCCAGAUACAGUAGAACUGAUGAACUGGAUUAGCUCCAAGACAUCCAAAAAGGCAGUGUUUGCAGGAAGCAUGCAGCUCCUAGCUGGAAUCAAAUUGUGUACGGGGAGAGUGUUAACGAAUCAUCCUCACUAUGAGGACAAAGUCCUGAGAGAGAGAACUAGACAGGUUUAUCAGAUAUAUGCUCGGCAAGCCCCAGAAGACGUGCAUAAGAUCCUGCGUGCCUUUGGCACAGACUACAUCAUUCUUGAGGACAGUAUCUGCUAUGAGAGGAGACACAGCAGGGGCUGUCGGUUACGGGAUCUUUUAGAUGUUGCAAACGGCCAUAUAAUGGAUGGCCCGGGAGACAAUGACCCCGAUUUGAAACCAGCUCUGCACCCUCGCUUCUGUGAUGAAAUUAAAACAAACGAUCCCUCAUACACAAAGUACUUCACUCGCAUAUUCAAGAAUAAGACGUUUCAUGUGUACAAGCUGAAAAGGGUUAAGAAGAAAGCACAAUCAAACAAAGAGAACAACACAGGUGUCUAGAGUUCUUUCCGGCCAGAUGCCAUUUCGUUAUCUCAUUAUUUUUUCAUGCAGCGCUGAAGCAGGGAAAGCACUUUGCUUUUCUUCCUACUGUUUACACUGCUUGUCAAAUUCCCAAAUAUUCCACCUACCCAAGAAUUAUCUGCAAUCAGACCCCUUCAUUGUCUGCCUGAUUAGAGAGCCACUGUGAUUAGCAUGCGUUGAAACUGAGCAGAUGAAUUUGGACUCAGGUUUUACAACAGACCGGCCAGUGGCAGUACUAGAUGAGAAUUGUUCAAUUAACUCAAGAAUUUAAAAAAUCCUUAAAAGUUUCGAAAGCAAAAAGAAUGUUUUGACCUUAAAGCAAUCGGAAUCGCCGAAUAUCCUGCAGAGAUAGCCAAGCUGCUUCCCUUGGUUAUCUCAAGUCUGAGUCAUGACUGUGCCAUUGGUUUCUUUUUGAAACAUCUCUGUCUCCAGCACAUAUAUUUAAAUGAAGACUUGCUGCCUGUUUUAAAAAUAAAAAUAAAAAAACAUCUACAGAGCACCUGUAAAAAUCAGUGUUUGUUUUAAUGCAGUGCAGCCGGAUAGUCCAUAUAAUACUUUAAUGUGCUAAAAUGUUUAUAUUUUCAAUGAGAAUAAAAAAAUGUUACGCAUGCUCAUUUGUCAAGUUUCCCUUGAUGAAGAAUUAGAAUUGUUUAGCUGUUUUCAAGGUUGUGUGUCUUUACCGAUUGUGGUAGUUUCGUUUUUUGUACUUAUAAUGUGUUACUUAUGAACCUAAGAUCAGGGUCUGCGGUCUGUUUUAGGGGAAUACUUAGCAACAGUCUAAGUUGCUGUUGCCAGAAAAAUGCAGAACUAUUAGAUUAAUGAAGAAUGUUGGAGAGAAACACAAUAUAAACACUAUAUUUAGACAGGUCAUUCCUCCAGAGUUGCCUUCUUGUCACUGCUUUUCAUUCUAAGAAGAACCUUGUAUAUAUAAUUUGGUGCAUUAAUUUCUAGGUUUGUACAUUUGUUCAGCUUGUUCUUGUUGCUAUUCUUUCUAGUGGAUAACACUAUUAACAGCCAGUUUUCAUAAAGAGAAUUGUCUGAUGAACGAUUGUAAUGAUGAAUGUAUAAAAUACAUUUUUAAUACACCAUCCAUACAAUACAUGUAUUAAACACACAAUCCAUAAAUAUUCCUGAAUGCCGUUUUCAGUUUAUGGAUGGUGCAGGGUUAAAGCAUUCAGUAUUUGUCUGACUUUCUUUAUCAACAGUUUGGACAGUACCAACCUUUUCAUAUCCAAUCCCUUUUUAAAGAAAUUCCUAGAUUUUGAGAGACAUUUAAAAAAUAAACAACUUGAGAGUAUUAAAGUGCCUUUAAAGUUGUUUUGUUUUUCAGUAGUUAUGAGUGGUUUCUCUUUUAAAUUGAAUCAGGAAUGAGUCACACCUCUUAUUAAAAAAAAACAUUUGUUAUUUGUUUGGCUGUGAUUUAUUUAUGCAACUUUUUUCUCUUAGUGCCAUAGUACACUUUUUCUGCAAUUUGGGUCAAAAAAGCAAAGUUGUUGUAAAAUAUUUACACAUAUACAGUAUUUGUUGUUGUGUUGAACAAUUAAUAGUCAUGUUUACAGUACUGUUUUGUACCUGGUGAAAUGCAGCAAGUUCAGUAACAUGUUUCCAUGACAAUGGACAUUCUGUCUGCACAUUUCUUCCUGAAAAAUGAAAGUAAUAUAAAACAUAAUUUGUUCCCUGCCUUAAUAUAAAUCUGUUUCUCUAAUCUACAUGUGGAUUUACAGUCCAUAGUAUCUAAAUUCCAUCUGAAGUCCUCAGUGAUUCAGUUGUGUGAUCAAUAAAAUAUAUAGUGCAGUAAUUUUUUUAGCAGAUACUUUUAAAGAUGCCCUUGAGUCAUUAAACCAUUAAUUUCUUAAGAGUAAAAGAAUGAAAAGGAAGAGAUCCGAGAGACCCUGCAGUCCUCCAGGAAUUGAGUCAAAAUAAGUGGCAAAUGUAAUAUAACAUUUAUUUAGAAAAAUCUAAUUAGUAAUGCAAUAUUUUUAACAUCCCAAAAUUACCAAUAUCUGCUGCAUACGCCAGUCUGUGAAUUACAUGAGUACAACUUGUGAAGUAAUAAUUAAUAUGGCCUUUUCUUUUUUGUAAUGUUUCGUGUCCAGAUGUCUCAAGCAAUUUGCCAAUGCCUCCAGUUGAGAUAAGCAUUUCAAUUUGGGAUACUAGGUUUUACGUGCAUCUCUUUGUAUUUUAAUAAAAUCUUAACGCUA